UACUGGUUCGGAUGCAGGACUCGAUCGGAGGUUUAGUUGAGGGUAGGUCGUGGUUAGUUAUGGAUCGCGGACGGUUGAGAUUCUGCGUGAUUGGCGCUGGUACGGCCGGGAUCGCGACGGCGAGGCGAGUUUUGGAGAUUGAGGGAGCUGAGCUGGUGAUCUUCGAGAGGGCGGAGCAGGUCGGGGGAACGUGGAACUACACGGAUCGGGUUGGGAAGGAUCGGUAUGGGCUGGACAUCCAUACUAGCAUGUACCGGGGGUUGCGGACGAACCUACCGAAGGAGGUUAUGGGCUUUCCGGAUUUUCCGAUACCUGAGCAAGCGCAGUCGUACAUUCCGUCGGAGGACAUUUUGAGCUUUUUGAAGCUGUACGCGGAUACGUUUGGGGUGACGGAGUUGGUGCGGUUUGAACACCACGUGGAGCUGGUGGAUCGAGUCGAGAAGGAGUGGAAAGUGCGGGUUAAGAAUUUGCCCAGUGGGGAGGUUCGGAACUUUCGGUUUGACUUUGUGUUUGUCUGCAACGGGCAUUAUCACACACCAGCGAUUCCGAGCUAUCCCAAUAAGGAAGUGUUCAAGGGACUGCAGCUACACAGCCACGAUUACCGUAGUUCGGAAAAAUUUAAGGACGAGUCGGUGCUCGUCAUUGGAGCCGGACCAUCCGGGAUGGAUCUAGCGCUGGAGAUAUCCAAACACGCAACCCGUGUUACCAUGAGUCACCAUACCAAAGAGCCGUUCAAGACGAUCUUCCCCGCGAAUCUAACCCAGAAACCCGAUGUCCAAGAACUCACUCCCACUGGAGCACGCUUCGCGGACGGUUCCGAACAGCCCUUCACCGUAAUCCUCUACUGCACCGGCUAUCGGUACAGCUUCCCGUUCCUCGGCUCCAGCUGCGGCAUCACCGUCCAGGACAACUACGUCCAGCCGCUGUAUAAACACUGCAUCAACAUCAACCAGCCGUCGAUGGCCUUCAUCGGACUGCCGUACUACGUGUGCGCCGGCCAGAUGUUCGACCUUCAAGCCCGGUUCUGUCUGCGGUACUACUCGGGACAGCUGGAUCUUCCCGGGGCGGAAGCGAUGCGCGAGGAUACGCGCCUUCGGAUGGAGCAACGGUUUAGCUGCGGAUUCCGGACGCGGCAAGCGCACAUGAUGGGACCGGCGCAGGGCAAAUACUACGAGGACUUGCAGCGAACGGCGGAACUGCCGGAGGGGAUAAAGCCGGUGAUGACCAAGCUGCACAACGAAAGCAGUCAGCGAUUUAAUGAUGAUCUGCUGGGUUUUCGGCGGGAUGUGUUUCGGAUCGUGGACGACGAGCACUUUGAGGAGGUUGUUGAGGUUGGUGAGGAUAGAGAGGUGUAACUGGA